ACUAGAUUCAUAGAUCUUAUUUCUUGUACUAGUUAGCUAUACUAUGUUCCAACCAUUAUUGAAAGUUUUCCAAUCAUAAAAACUAGUAUUCCAAUUCAAAUAUAGCCGAAAUAUCAAACCUUCAAUAGGUAUCCUCCUCUACCCAAACCAGCCCCAAAAUUCUUAAAUGCUUAGCGAUUAGGUUUUGGACCAAAUUAUAUCUUGAAUCAGUUUCAGUUUUACAAAAGUAAUCCAAUUGUAAUUAGCUGAUCAAAUUUAGUCUUAAAACACAUCAUGGGUGCUUGCAAGUUAAACUAUUGUUUUAAUACAACUAUGGAUUGAGUUGUCAAACCUAUACAAUAUCAAUCAGUUUAAGAUACUUUCUGUUUCACUUUCAUAUCUUUUAGUUUCCUUUUUUCAAAAUGCUGGAUGAAAUUUGUGUCAACCCUUACUAAUUUUGAUUCCUGUCCCAUUUGCACUUGGCACUAUUUGAGUGUUACUAGGGGUUCUUUAAACUUUAUUCAUUUGAGGGUACAUAGGAUAAUAGUUUUAAAGUAAGAAUGCCAUUAUUAGUAAUUUUGUUUAUUUUUAUAUCAUACAGUAGUUGUGAAACAAAUAAUAAUUAGUUUGGCACUUUGGUUGCUUCAUGCCUCCCUCCAUUUAGGAUAAAGCCAUAUUGUUUUACUUUGUACUGUAAUCAUAUCAACAUAUUGACUAAUGAUUAAUGGGACCUACUAAUGUUAGAGUGCAUGGGAAAUGUUGAAGUUUUUUUUUUUUUUUUUCCUUUUACAUAAGAAAGGCUAGAAUGGCCUUGUAGACAAGCCAAUCUGUCCUUAUUCUAGAAAAUGAUAGUAAUAGUAUGAACUAUGAAAUCUUCAGAUAUUUCUUCUUCUAUAGACAAUUGACUGAGGGAGAUUAAAACCAAACCAUGUUUGGGGAUAGUAUUGAGUGAAAAUGGUUAAGGUUGUGGAGGUUCAAUAGUUAAAGAGAAAUCUAUUAAUUUGUUUAGAAUAUUUGUACAAAAGGCACUAUUUAUUAGAUCUGGAAGAAGGAAAAAAAAAAUUAUACUACACUUGAGCCUUGUGUUUGGCUUGGAGAUCAUUAUCAUAAAUAUUGUACAUCACCUCCGUCCCUACAGCAGUGGAGGAUAAAACUGACUAAUGGGGGUAAUGAUAAUUGUAAGGAAUAUCUUGAUUUUUCAUUCAUUUUUGCAGGGGAAGUUAUAAAACUUUUGGUGUUUCAGGUACAAAUCUGAUUUUUAGUGAAUGCUCAUCAAUGUUGAGGUUGUCCCAGUCUUCUGCAUAAUUUUUGUUUUUGCACUUGCGGGGAAGCCUUUGAUAGGCAACAAUAAUCUAUAAAAGGGAAGCUAAAUCAAGGCCUUGUGCAAUGUAUGAGCUGACAAGGUAUUCUGUUAGUGUCAGAUUGUACAUCAAAGAACACUAAUCACAACUUAUCAUCUCAUAAAGUGAAAAAAGUUUUAAAAUUUGUUAUGAAUCUAAAAUUUGUCAUUAAAAAAUUUUGAUUUUAAGCAUAUGGGGAGAUAUCUUUUUUCAACACGCUAUAUAACUAUAGAAGGUACUGUGAAUAUGUCAUUUUUGUCACAUAAUUUUAUUUAGAAAAUAUCUAAACAUGUUUGGAGCGGAUCUUUAUCGUCAACUUUUCUCUUAAAAACAAAAAACACUGCCUUUGUUUUGCUAGACACAAAAUCACAAAAGAGAAAAACUAAUUUGUACUUGUUACUCAUGAGUAGCAUAUACUAGUGUGUGUGUGUGUGUGAGAGAGAGAGAGAGAGAGGGGGCAAGUGAUAUACAUAACACUUAAUGAUAUCAAAGGUCCAUGUAUAUAAGCACACAUGCACAUGAUGGUGUUGUCUAUUACAUAUGAGUUUUGAUAAUAGAACCCUCCCAAUAUUUAGUGCAGAGACUUUGUUGUUUGUAACAAAAAGUUCCCUUGUUUAUAAGUGUGUGCGUGUCUUUUUUAUUAGUGAGGUUUUAUAUAUACAGCUUAUGUACGUAUUUAUGUAAAUUUUGUUGAUACCUGCUAGUUCUUAGUAUAAGUCCUAGCAUUGGUAUCACACAUUGCAAUUUGUGUGGUCUGCACUCUGCAGUAAGAAUUUGUGGGGAUGUACUAAAUUUUUUUGUGAAUUGUCGACAGUACUGGUAGACUAAAGUGGGUUGCUUAUCUAGAUGUUUAGAAGAAUCAAGUUUAGAAAUUUAUUGGUGAAUUUUAUAAAAUUUUGGGUUCAUGUUGCUAGCUCCCGUUGAAUUUCAUUAGGCCAACUAGUUGUCCAUGUUUAUACAAUUCUUUUAGUCUUAGGGACGUGUUGUGACAUGAUGAGUUUGAUGCCGCCUAUGUGAGUGAAAUUCUUGGAUUUCAUAAGCAAGUUCUAGCACAAGUAUUCUCUACUUUGCUUAAUUCUGUAAUUGGAAAGGGAGGAAUGGAAGUAGUGGAAAAAGUUAAAAUCAAUAGUUGUCAAAGAUAUCAAUGCUUAAGGAAGUACCGGUUUAUUUUGAUUUUAAUGUGAAAUUUUUGUAGGUCCAUGCUCUUUGUUUUUGCAGGAAGAGCUUAAGAAUACUACUAUUAAAAUGGCUGAACAGAGUAAAGUUCUUAACACCCCUGGGGCAGAGAAACAAACCAAAAGAGAGUUGUUUGAUGCGCUAAGGCAGGAACUUGAUUGCCAAACUGGCAGAGCAGCAGUGAAACAGCUCUUUAGUAAUGAGCUAAAGUUGUACAUGCUAUGGAAAUUUGAGAUUCUUCAGAAGGUGUCUGGACCACCAAGAAGUUCUGGGCAAGGAAUGCAGAAAGUAGUGAGUUCAGGGAGCAAGGUUAAUGGACAGAGUGUUCAUCUAGUACCAAAUAAUAUUCAAAGGUCAGGAGUGUCUGCCAUUCAAGGUCACACCAAGGACAAUGUUGAACAGUUUUCUGGGAGGGCAUCUGUAUCUGUGGAGGAAAGAGAUAACAAAAGUGUGAAUUCUGUUAGUAGAAUAGAAGAACAAGAAGUUGAUAGCUCUCGUCUAGUUGCUAUUCAGAGUUCUAAAGUGAACAGCAUUAAGAAAAAUCACAGAACAGGAAAGCAAGAGCUGAUGAAGCCAGUGCAAGAGCUUGCUUCUCAAGCAAGUUCUAGAGCCAAGGCUGAAGCUGCAAAAAACAUCACACCACCAAAGUCGGCUUAUCAAUUUGAGGCUUCUUGGCGGGGACUCUCUGAUGACGGUGCUCUACAGGCUCGUUUAUUGAAGGCAGUAUCUCCAAUGCAUUGCCACAGAUAUUCAAAAAUGCUUUGUCUGCUUCCCUACUAGUUGACAUUAUUAAAUGUGUUGCCACCUUUUUCAUGCAAGUACAUAUCUAUGAAUGCCUUUUUCCAGAUUGUGUACUUUCUUGUUUGUGCUCUGUAUA